GUGCCAUUAUAAGUUAUAAAAGUAUCUAGUCAAAGUAUUUGAAUGCAGCAAUAUGUCUUCAGAAUACCUCAACGUUCUAAACCGUGUUUCAUCUGCAGAAGAGGUGGCGGUUUCAUUGCAAAAACUUAUGAACAAGUUAAAAGGAGAGUACAUAACAGAAGCUGGGCAAGCAAUCAACUACACAGCUCUGCGGGAGAGUGACUUAUUCCAGAGGUACCUUCUGGUAACACAGCAGCUCAGGGAAGUAAACCUUGCCUCCCUCAGCGAAGAAGAAAACAAGGCUUUUUUCAUCAAUGUUUACAAUGCACUUACUAUUCAUGGUAUAGCAGCUUCUGAUACUAUACCCCAGUCAGUGUUGGAAAUUGACAAGUUCUGGGAGACUACAGCAUACAACGUCGGAGGUUUUAACCUGUCUUUGGAUGACAUUGAGCAUGGCAUACUGAGAGGUAAUGCACCACACCCAUCUAGGUCUCAGCCACAGUUUGACUCCAAAGAUCCUCGACUCCAGUUUUCUCUCAGGAACCGUGACCCAAGGAUUCACUUUGCACUUGUGUGUGGUGCUAAGUCCUGUCCUGCGGUUAGCGUCUAUACCACUGAGAAUUUAGAAAGGGCAUUGAGCACAGCUGCUGAAAGCUUCUGUCAGCAGGAAGUACAGGUGGAUAUAUCCAAAAAACAGGUCACAAUGUCUAAAAUCUUUCAGUGGUACAUGACAGACUUUGCACCGUCACCAAAGGAGCUAGUGAGUUCCCGCAUCUCCGUUGUCGGCAGUCCUAUGUCUUCAGCUCCGGGACCUAGCAAGCGGACUUCUACUGGGCUCGCAUCUUGCCAGAAAUCAUCCUUCAAAAACUAUCAAGCUUGGACAAUGCCACGCCUCCUGAAAGUUUUAUUCAUCAGAAACAUUUCUUACAGCACCGAUGCUUCCUGAGAGGAUUUCCCACAGGUGUGGUAACCCACCCUCACCCCCCCAUGUGUGUCAUUCUUUUCCAGUAAUCUAAAAUCUGCUUUAAAUGUCAAUCUGCUACUGCAUAAAGAAAUAAAAAAAGGUUUCAUGAUCGGCCCAUUCUCUGAACGCCCUUUUUCACUGUACCGCAUUAGUCCACUAGUGGUCACCAUUCGCAAACAUUCCAGCAAGAAAAAGCUCAUUACUGAUUUAUCCUAUCUGCAUUCCAGUUUCAUCCCCAGUAUCAACAAUUUAAUUUCCCCUGACACAUUUUUCCAACACUAUGCCAGAAUCAUAAAAACAGCAGGUCAAGGGCUGUGGUUUUCUAUGGCCGAUAUAGCUGAUGCUUUUAAAAUCAUGCCCAUUCAGCCCUCUCAGUGGCACAUUUUCGGGGUCCAAUGGGAAAAACUAUUUUAUUUUGCAGUACGCCUCACUUUCAGAUGCAGGAGUAGUCCCCACAUGUUUAACUCCCUGUCUGAGGCCCUAUGAUGGAUUAUUUUAAAUGAACAGACUUCCAUUUGUACUUCACCUACUAGACGACUUUUUAUUAGUGGACUCCAGUGACCAGCCCCCUGCUCGUUCCAUAAGGGUUUUAAAAUCUCUUUUUCGACCUUGGAGUUCCCUUAUCGGAGGAUAAAACUCUAAGACCCACUACUAGUCUGGAAUUUCUCAAGACUGAAUUAGAUUCUGAAAAAAAUGGAAAAUCAGCUCCCUCAAGAUAAACUACUUUGCAUCAAAGACUUUAACAUUUUUUAGCUCUCGAAAGUGUUGUACUAAAACGCAAACUUCUUUCUCUACUUGGCCAUCUCAAUUUCACUAUAAGAAUGAUUCCUCAAGGUCGGUCAUUUAUUUGUUUCCUUUUAAAAUUAUCCUUCGGCAUCUGAAUUGCAUCAGCACAUCAAUCUCAAUGCUGGAUGCCGAGCAGAUAUCACUCUAAGGUUCUACCUUCUUUCAAGCUGGAACAGUAUCUUAUUCUUCUUUGAUGACAUUAUCUCAUCCCCCCGACUCCCUCAACCUGUAUACCGAUGCUGCCCCCUCGUAAGGUUUCGUGGCAUUUUAGGAACUAAAUGGUUCUACGGAAACUGUCCCUCAGAGAUCCUGCAUCUACCCGUAAAGGAACACAUUUCAGCUUUAUUUGAAAUGUACCCUAUAGUGAUUGCUGCUGUAAUCUGGGGUCAUCUAUGGUUAAAUAAAGUGAUAGCAUUUAAUUGCGACAAAUUAUCUACAGUACCAAUCAUUAACAAAGGCACAUCCUCUUCCCCUGCUAUUAUGAAAUUCAUGCUGAAACUCACCUGGGUUUCCGUGCUGGGUAAUUUUGAAAUUAAAGCCAUUCACGUUCCAGGCUAUCUCGUUUUAAUUUUCAGAAAUUCCAAGCACUGUUUCCAGAAGAGGACCUUCUGCCAGAACCAUGCCCAAUCUUCAAGGAUCUCAUCCUGUAUUAAACCAGUGUCCUUCCUCAAAUUCCCUUAUUUCCGAAUCAGCCCUCAAAUCUAAUGGCUAACUUGGUUUCUCAAAGUACCCGAGCAACCUAUAACUCAGGCUGGCAAUUGUUUCUCAGAUUCUGUUCUCUAUAAAAUUUGCGUGUUUCCUUGCUCUCCGAAUACUCCAUUCGGGAAAUUUACCACUUUCUGUUCCACCAAAAGAAACUUGUCCCUCCCUACCAUACAGCGCUACUUAUCAGGAUUACAAUUUCAAUUUAGGUUAAUUGGAGUUCUUUUUCCCCUCCUAACCUUCUUCCCACGGAUUCAAAGGCUACUACGAGGUAUCCAUUAAUCUGCUCCCAGUCGUCCAUUCCCCAAACUGCCUGUUACCAAAGAAGUCCUGGAAUCUCUCGUCAACAUUCUUCGCUUCGGCUGCUUCAACCCAUACAAAGACGCCCUCCUGGAAGCAAUGCUCAUCUCUGCAUGCUGCAGAUUCCUCCGGUGCAGCAAAAUCACCUCCCGGACCCAGGCUUUCGAUCCCUCUUCUGACCUCUGCAUUGGAGAUCUCCAUCUUGAUCCUCAGGCAUUCCUUACAUUUAAAACAUUGCAAGACUGACCGGGAAAGAAAAGGGGUGCACAUAUAUUUAUUUAAAACAAAUUAUGUCAUCUGUCCUCAUCUGAACCCCUUUGUCUCACCCCAGAAGGAUCAGUCGUUUCAAGAAAUUGGUUCUGCAACCAUCUAUGCGCAUCUCUCCUACGCACUGGAUUUCCUCCAGAUAAUUACUCCGAACUUUACAGCCACAAAAAUGACUAGGACAUUUUAGCAGCACACAUGUCACUAAAUAAAUAAAAGUAAAAAAAAAAUUGUGUGUUCUGAACCCGGAGGAAGGGUAACCCUGGGCCAUGGAUUCCCUAAGGUUUCCUCCUGUCGCCUUUUCAGUGAGUACCUGAGCGCUGGGCAGUUUAAUUCUGCAAGGUGAAGGAAGUUGAGGUGGGCA